GGUUGAGUUCUUCACGAUCCGCAGGAACACUGGAACCGCGUACUUGGGGGAGUCGGGCUCGCGCGACCCCAGGAAAUAAUCGAAGCACAGGUAAUUUCGCAGGAAUCGGAAUAAGACGAGGGAACGUGGCAGUGAGGGAAAUAAUAGCCUCGACAGAUUAAUCUAUUUUGAAUCCGCUAUAAUCCGAUCGGUGAUGCUCCAAAGGCGGAUCGAAUUGCGCGUCGAGCGUCGUUGCGUUUUUGCUUGGCUGGCGGCACGUGGAAACCCCGUGCCUUCUCCUGCUCCUCCUCCUUCUCCUUUUCAUUUCCCUCUUCAUGAUUCUUCCAUCGCUUGAUAGUUAGUCGUCCUCUCGUUUCUUAUCUGCGUUCUCUUGCUUAGGGCUAGAAUUAUACACUAGCCUGCUGUCUUUCUUCCCGUCCACCCCCGCUCCAUGCCCGCCUCGUUUCUCCCACUAAGGCACCAUGCCUAAAUCCUACACCCCGUUACAGGAAUCCAUCCCCGAGGAAGACCCCCCCGAUGAAUUUAGCUCCGACUAUGAGAGUAGCUUUCGCUUGCACGAAAUCGAUCGAUCGAAGUCGUCUAGAUCCCGUUCCCCCAAGGAAAACACCGAGCCGUCGAUUCUUGCUCCCCUGGUCCGCAAAUCGACCGAUCUUGAGGCCUACUUGGACGCCCUGACUGAGGACGAGCAACACCUUCUCUCCGCUUCGAAGCAGUAUGAAUUAGGGGACGACUCGGAUUCCGAUGGGCCUGGGGACGGGAAGGCGCGUGCCGUGCGCCGUAAGAUGAUCGAGGCCACCAGGAGGAGGAACAAGAAGAAGUUGCUAGCAAACCAGAAGGGCUGGCGUGCGGUUUACUAUUCUAAGUUCUGGUGGCGGACGCUGGUCGCCCUCAUUGUGGUACUGGGAUUGAUCGUUUGGGGGUUUUCGAGCUACCCUUGGUCGAAAUAUCGUGAAACAGAGGACUAUGCUAUGCCAGGUCCAGACUCGUGGUUCCCCACCCCGAAAGGAGGGACUCUAAAACAUUGGAAGGAGAGCUAUGCAAAGGCCGAGGCUCUAGUCCGGCAGAUGACCUUGAUUGAAAAGGUCAACAUCACCACCGGGACCGGCUGGCAGAUGGGGAUGUGCGUUGGAAAUACAGGUCCCGCGGAAUUUGUCCGCUUUCCCUCACUAUGUUUACAGGACGGUCCCCUCGGACUGCGUUUCGCAGACAAUAUCUCCGCCUUCCCUGCUGGUCUCACCACCGGUGCUACCUGGAAUCGUGAACUCAUGCGCGAGCGCGGGGUCGCCAUCGGCCGCGAGGCCCGCUUAAAGGGAGUUCACGUUAUUCUUGGCCCUUCUAUGGGCCCUAUCGGUAUGAUGCCCGCCGGGGGUCGCAACUGGGAAGGAUUCGGAUCGGAUCCUGUGCUGCAGGGAGUGGCGGCUGCGGAGACAAUCCGCGGCAUCCAGAGCAACGGCGUCAUGGCUACGGCCAAACACUACGUGAUGAAUGAACAGGAGCACUUCCGUCAGCCAUAUGAGUGGGGAAUCCCCACCGCUGUCUCUUCAAACAUUGGGGAUCGCGCUUUGCAUGAAGUUUUCAUCUGGCCUUUCGCCGAAAGCAUUCGCGCAGAUGUUGCCAGUGUGAUGUGCGCGUACAACCAGGUUAAUAACAGCCAUGCCUGUGAAAACAGUAAACUUCUAAACGGGAUUCUCAAAGACGAGCUAGGCUUUCAAGGAUUCGUACAGUCCGACUGGCUUGCCCAGCGGUCUGGUGUGAAUAGUGCCUUGGGGGUCUGGAUAUGUCUAUGCCGGCGCCUCAACGACAUGGUGACCCGGAUUGUGGCUGCCUGGUAUCAUCUUGGCCAAGACUCGUGGAAUCAGUCCGCUCUGCCGGGAGAAGGUGGUCCUAAUUUCUCCUCGUGGACUAACGACAAGUAUGGUUUGUUGCACCCCGGCAGUCCCGGAGACCAAGAUGCUGCUCUUGUCAACAAAUUCGUGAAUGCCCAGGGGAACCACUCCAUCAUUGCCCGCAAAGUUGCCGCUGAAGGCAUCGUUCUCGUCAAGAAUGAGGAUCGUUUCCUGCCUCUCUCUCGCGCCCCAUCCGCCCCUGGUCGGCCUUACCGCGUCGGCGUGUACGGAGAUGAUGCCGGACCUGCUGCCGGCCCCAAUGUAUGCGCAGAUCGCGGAUGCAACCAGGGUACACUGGCCGUGGGCUGGGGGAGUGGUGCCGUCGAAUUCCCCUAUCUUGUUAGUCCAAUCGAGGCUCUACAGUCGGCAUGGCACUCCGAGGUUCAAAUGACACCUUACCUAAGAAACGCCGUCAUGCCAGCCGAUGCCGCCGACAAAGACCUCUGUUUAGUGUUUGUCAAUGCGGACUCCGGCGAAGGAUUCAUCUCCUCGGGUGGCAUCCACGGUGACCGCAACAACCUCUUCCUUCAGAAAGGCGGCGAUACGCUGAUCGAGACGGUGGGCACCACCUGCGGUGGGCCGACUGUCGUCGUCGUACACGCCGUGGGCCCGGUUAUCGUGGAGUCCUGGAUCGACCUCCCUGGUGUCACAGCCGUGCUGUUCGCCCACCUUCCCGGUCAGGAGAGUGGCAAUGCCCUAGUGGACGUGCUCUUCGGGGAUGUUGACGCUAGCGGCCGCCUCCCUUACACUGUUGGAAAGACCCUGGAGGACUACGGCCCUGGCGCCCAGGUGCUAUAUGAAGCCAACGCCCCCGUCCCGCAGGUCGAUUUCUCUGACGCACUUUACAUUGAUCACCGGUAUUUCGACCGCAAUAAAAUCAGCCCGCGUUUUGAAUUUGGGUACGGUCUAUCGUACACCCAAUGGGGCCUCUCUAACCUGGACGUCCAACACCUGAGAAAGCGCAAACCCUCCCGACUCCCCGCCGCACGCCCAGCGGACUCCGCCUCCCCUCCCACCUACGACCACUCCCCCCCGCCUGCUAACGCCUCUGUCCUUUUCCCUCUCGACUUCCGCGCCGUCUCCAAAUACAUAUACCCCUACCUCCCCGCGCUCGACGCCACCACCCCGCCCCCGCCCCCGUCGGCCUCCCCCAGCUCCGAGCCCCAACGCCCCACCAAACCCUCUGACGCUGGUGGCGGCCCCGGCGGCAACCCCUCUCUCUACGAGGAAUUAGCCCGCGUCGAGCUCCAAGUUCAAAAUACUGGCCGACGGUCGGGCCAAACCGUUAUCCAAGUCUACGUCUCCUUCCCGCGCGACGUAACCGAACCGCCUUCGUCGAACUCGGGAUCUAAAACCAGCAAUGUCAGCGGUGGUAACUCGCGCUUCCCGACUGAAAAAAUCGACUUCCCCGAACGUGUACUGCGGAAUUUCACCAAGGUGGCGCUGGCGCCCGGCGAAUCCCAGACGGUCUCGAUGACUCUCACGCGCAAGGAUCUGAGCUACUGGAGUGUCCAUGAACAGAACUGGGUGAUGCCCGAGAAAGAAUUUUAUAUUUCGGUUGGACAUAGUUCGCGUGAUUUACCCUUAGGGCAGCCUUUUGCAGCAUAUUAGCGGUUUUUUUUUUUUCUCCCCUCUCUGGAGAAAAAAAAAAAAAAGGGU